UCCAGGUGCACGUCGAUCCCAAGAAGCAUGGCUUUGUGCUAUGACAUUGGAUACACCGAGAUGAGACUUCCCAACCUCGUGGAGCAUGACACCUUGGCUGAGGCUAUCCAGCAGUCGGCCAGCUGGUUGCCCUUGCUGGCCCGAGAGUGCCAUCCUGAUGCCCGGAUCUUCCUAUGUUCCCUCUUUGCUCCAAUCUGCUUGGACAGGGUCAUCUCUCCUUGCCGGAGCCUUUGUGAAGCUGUUAGGAGCAGCUGCGCCCCAGUCAUGGCUUGCUAUGGGUACCCUUGGCCGGAAAUCCUGACCUGUAACAAAUUCCCUGAAGAACACGAGCUGUGCAUCUCCUCAAUCACGCGUGAAAGUGUUUCAAGCAAGAGAAUACCCAGAUCUAGCUGCAGGGACUGUGAACUAGAAGAACCAACCUCGGCCAAGGAGAUCCUGGAAAGCUUUUGCAUCAGUGACUUUGCUGUCAAAAUUAGAAUUUCCAGGAAGAACAAGACUUCCGCCAUUGCUGACUUCGACCUUGACUCAAAGUUGGAAGUUCUGAAGCAUGGUCCUCUUCUCAAGACUGACACUUACCCCAAGCUCAAACAGUGGCUGGAUUUAGAUGUUACCUGUGUUCACAACAUCAUGAGAGGCACAAAUGCAGGUGUCUACGUGAUCGCUGGGGAGGUCCAGCAUAACAAAGGGGUGAUGGUGAACAAGGCAUACGCGUGGCACAAGAAGAACAGAACUCUACAAACGGCGGUGCGGCGAUGGAAACACUACAGAUGCCGAAUCUGAACUGCUUUCAGCCCUGGGGCAAAAUCCAACCCAAUGGCAGAAAACUGCUCCUUUCCUUAUUUCUAGA